AUGUCUCCCGGUGAAGUGAACGUCGCGGAGGAAGGGCCUUUCCAGAACCCGUGGGCUCCCGCGCGCUCACAGAGCUCGGCUCUGCCUCCUGCCUGCCUUCUCCGCCCACGUGGAAAACACGCAGACGCGGGUGACCCCCCCGCCCCUUCUCCAGCUUCAUCCGGGUUAUUUUCCCGUGUUUUUUUUAAAACGUAUAAAAUAUCUCGUGGUCGCUUUGCCCUGUCGUUCUCUCGCCGAAUAGCAAUAAGAAACGCGAUCCUUCCCUCUCUCGCUCUCUCUCUGUUGACACGAAGUCUGACUUCCGCGCGAGUCCGGCUGCGCAGGGCAUCCACGCGGCCCCGCGCUCCCCGUGUCCGGUCUCUCCUCCCCCCGCGCUGCCCAGCCCGGCCGGCUGUGCCGCGCUCCACGCUCAGGUCCCGGGACCCUCACCGUCGGACCCCCGCGAGCCCCCGCCUCCUCCUUGACACCCACCACGCACAUCUGGGCUGGCCUCCUAAUUCUGAAAACCUGUGGUGGCCCCUCUGCAAGCGUGGCAGAAACAAUGCGGAGUUUGUGCCCCGUGUACGUUUACCUACGGUGGGCCGAGGAAAACAGACACACUUGGAGAAGGCGCGUUCUCGCUCGCUCACUCACUCACUCGCUCGCUCUCGAUCUAAAACUGUUGGUAAAAAUAAAAAGCAAUUGCAGAACACGAAUACCCAUAUCUUCUACUCCUUGGUUAAAGUGUUCAAGCAAAUCCAAUUACACAAGCAUGCAAAACAAACACCAAACAAAAAAUUGGCGGCGAGACCGAUCUACUCCCUCGGCAUUCCGGUCGCCCUGGUUGCCUGCAUCGAUGCACUCGGAAGCUCGGCUGACGCUGCCUGGCGCUGGAACCAGGAAGGCGCUGAGCUUAAACCGAAGCGAGUUCGGAGUACGCCGGUGGCGCCCCGACCUGUAGAAAUCCGCCUGCUCCGCGGCCCUGUCACGUCCACCCUACGUACGAUUCCGAAGGAGGGCACCCAGCUUAUAGAAAUGGGACGACGGUCAUCAGACACUGAAGAAGAAAGCAGAAGCAAGAGAAAAAAGAAACACCGAAGGCGGUCAUCUUCAAGCAGUUCUUCCGAUAGUAGAACGUAUAGCCGAAAGAAAAGUGGGAGAAAGUCCAGGUCAAAGUCUAGGUCUUGGUCCAGAGAUCUUCAGUCUCGUUCACAUUCUUAUGAUAGAAGACGCAGGCACCGGUCAAGCAGCAGCUCGUCUUAUGGCUCUAGAAGAAAACGAAGUCGAAGUCGUUCACGAGGUCGGGGCAAAUCCUACAGACUUCAAAGGUCUAGGUCAAAAAGCAGAACAAGAAGGUCCAGGUCAAGACCUCGUCCGCGUUCCCACAGUCGAAGCAGUGAACGGUCCAGCCAUAGAAGGACUCGAAGUCGAUCCCGGGACAGAGACCGUCGUAAAGGCAGAGACAAAGAGAAGAGAGAAAAGGAGAAGGAAAAAGCCAAGGACAAGGAAUUGCACAACAUCAAACGUGGGGAAUCUGGAAACAUCAAAGCUGGAUUAGAACAUCUGCCACCAGCAGAGCAGGCCAAAGCCAGGUUACAACUGGUCCUUGAAGCUGCUGCCAAAGCUGAUGAAGCACUGAAAGCCAAAGAGAGAAAUGAGGAAGAAGCAAAGAGAAGGAAGGAGGAAGACCAAGCCACCCUGGUGGAGCAGGUGAAGAGAGUGAAGGAAAUCGAAGCUAUUGAGAGCGAGUCCUUCGUUCAGCAGACGUUCCGGUCGAGUAAAGAAGUCCGGAAGGCCGUGGAGCCCAGUGAGGUAAAGCAGGCAGCUCCAGCUGCAGGCCCAGCGGCCACGGCUGCCGAGCUGCCCAGUGUCGGGAAGGAGCUGGACCCCAGCAGCAUCCCCACCGCUAUCAAGUACCAGGACGACAACUCUCUGGCUCAUCCGAAUUUGUUUAUUGAGAAAGCUGAAGCUGAGGAAAAGUGGUUCAAAAGAUUGAUUGCCCUUCGACAAGAAAGACUAAUGGGAAGUCCUGUAGCCUAAAAACAAAUGUGGUUAACAGUGACAUUGCUUAUGUUGAAGUGACAUUGCUUAUGGUUAACAGUGACAUUGCUUAUGGUUAAAUGGCAUUGGGUUUUUAAAUCCCAGUACAACUUUUGCACAUAAAAAGAACUUAGAUGAAAAUAUGAAAAGGUGACUUCAUGUCCUUCUUCCCUCAUGUAGGUAUGAAUAUUUGUUGAUUUGAACAGAGUCAAAUCUAACAAAACUAGUAUGAAAUUUAAGAGUACGUGCAGAUGUUAUACUGCUAACAGUGCUCAUCAUAAAAAGUUCAGUGUUAAUAAAUGGUACUCAGUA